AUGUCCAGUGGUUGGCUGGCAGGGCCAGAGCAGACCCUUGUUGAGUCUGGCACUGGGCUGCAGACUCCUGUGCUGUCCCGGGACUGGGCCGCCUGUGUUGUGGGUGAGGGCUUCAUGGAGUGCGCCGGGGAGCCGCUGUUCAUGCUGUACUGCGCCAUCAAGCAGCAGAUGGAGAAGGGCCCCAUUGACGCCAUCACCGGCGAGGCCCGCUACUCCCUGAGCGAGGACAAGCUCAUCCGUCAGCAGAUUGACUACAAGACGCUGACCCUGAACUGUGUGAACCCUGAGAACGAGAAUGCACCCGAGGUGCCAGUGAAGGGGCUGAACUGCGACACUGUGACGCAGGUUAAGGAGAAGCUGCUGGACGCUGUGUACAAGGGGGUGCCCUACUCCCAGCGCCCCAAGGCUGGGGACAUGGACCUGGAGUGGCGCCAAGGCCGCAUGGCACGCAUCAUCCUGCAGGACGAGGACGUCACCACCAAGAUCGACAAUGACUGGAAGCGGCUGAACACGCUGGCCCACUAUCAGGUGACAGAUGGGUCAUCAGUGGCGCUGGUGCCCAAGCAAACGUCUGCCUACAACAUCUCCAACUCCUCCACUUUUACCAAGUCUCUCAGCAGAUACGAGAGCAUGUUACGCACAGCCAGCAGCCCAGACAGCCUGCGCUCACGCACACCUAUGAUCACGCCCGACCUGGAGAGUGGCACCAAGCUGUGGCACCUGGUGAAGAACCAUGAUCACCUGGACCAGCGUGAGGGUGACCGGGGCAGCAAGAUGGUCUCAGAAAUCUACCUGACCGCUCUGUGCCUUGCUCCACAGGGCACGUUGCAAAAGUUUGUGGACGACCUGUUCGAGACCAUUUUCAGCACGGCACACCGGGGCUCUGCCCUGCCACUGGCCAUCAAGUACAUGUUCGACUUCCUGGAUGAGCAGGCCGACAAGCACCAGAUCCAUGAUGCUGACGUGCGCCACACCUGGAAGAGCAACUGCCUGCCCCUGCGCUUCUGGGUGAACGUGAUCAAGAACCCGCAGUUCGUGUUCGACAUCCACAAGAACAGCAUCACGGAUGCCUGCCUGUCGGUGGUGGCCCAGACCUUCAUGGACUCCUGCUCGACGUCAGAGCACAAGCUGGGCAAGGACUCACCUUCCAACAAGCUGCUCUACGCCAAGGACAUCCCCAACUACAAGAGCUGGGUGGAGAGGUACUACGCUGACAUUGCUAAGAUGCCCGCCAUCAGCGACCAGGACAUGAGCGCAUACCUGGCCGAGCAGUCCCGGCUGCACCUGAGCCAGUUCAACAGCAUGAGUGCCCUGCACGAGAUCUACACCUACAUCACCAAGUACAAGGACGAGAUCCUGGUGGCUCUGGAGAAAGACGAGCAGGCCCGGCGGCAGCGGCUGCGGAGCAAGCUGGAGCAGGUGGUGGACACGAUGGCCCUGAGCAGCUGAGACCCUGGUGCUGACCGCCCAGCAGGAGGCGGAGCAAGAGGGCAGCAGAGGGGACCUCAGAAGACAGCCCUUACCCACCAUGUGGAGUGCCGAGUGGCCCUCGGGUUGGGUGUGGGGCCUAGGCCCCCCGGGCCUGCCUUCCUCUCUGCCUGGAGAGCCCUCAUUUCUACCAUUGUGGAUGUGAUGGUCCUGCCCUGCCACCUCCGUCCAGGGACCUUUGCUUGGCGGCCUUCAUGGGAGAAUGAGGUGGCCUCUAUGGGACUGAGGUCAGAGGCCAGGGCCCUCCAAAGGGAGGGGCAGCCAGCAUGUCCUGUUCCGGCAAGACCAGGAUGAGGGACUGCGGUAUCAGCAGUUCCUGGCUUCCCCAGCUGCCACGAGUAGGCAGAGUCUGAGGGUCCGGGGCCCAGUUAGCAGCGGAGGGAGAGGCGAAAUCCGGGGACUGGCCCCAAGAGCCAGAGUGGGCCGUCCUCAUGGCCUGUGUCAGCACCAAGUUCGCUGCACCACCACCACUCUCAGAUUUCACCGCGUGGUCAUGCGGCCAAGGCCAGGCCAGAGCUCCAUGUCCACUUGCCUGGGGAGAGGCCCGGCCCUACUCCCUCCCAUGGAGGGCUGCAGGCGCUCCCGGAGACAAGGAGACAAGACGGACCGGGCAACUCCUCUGUCCUCAGGGCUGUGCCGCCUGGGCUCCCGGUCACAAGGCGCAUGUUCCCUUUAUUUAUUCUCCCUCCUCCUUCACAGCCCCACAACUGUCCCAGGGCAGGGUGGGCUGAGCUCUCUGUGGAGCUCUUGAGGGCAGCCAGCCACCUCCCUCACCCCACUACUCCUCUGUCCUUCCCACCUCAGCACCCCUCCCCACAGCGGCUUCCAAUCUGGCAUGUCAACAGCACCCAGGCCCCUUCAGAGCAGUGAAACAUCUGGGGACUGCUUUUGUGUUUGAAGGGGAACAAGAAACCCUGCUGCACUCUGCUUGGGGGGCAGGGCCCCUCUGGCUACCCCACUGGCCUGGAUCAACCAUGAGCAAAGGCAACGACCAAGUGACUAGAGGUUGUCUGCUGUCCACUCUUGCCCUCAGUGAGCAAGAGAACAAAUUUUUAAUGUCAAAA